GCUUUUUUGUGACACAAGAGGAAUGUGAAGUUCGAUCAUUUUGUCUUAUCAGUAUUGAAUGUCUUAUCAAUACCAUUGUGCAUGGGGACUUGUGGGCACACACAAACUGUGUACCCACUCAACUUAGAUUUAUUUAAGUGUAGUCCCAAAUCAAUGUUUUCCUUCUUUUUGAAAUGGCAUAUCAGUGGCAAAAUGGGGCAUUUAACGGAUACCAUGAUCAACUGGAUAAUGGAUAUCAUAAUCCAGAUUUUGAAGAUGAUGUGAAUAGUAAGAGGCAGGAGUAUCCAAAUCCCAGGGAGUUUGGGAAUAAUCAGUUUCAGAGGAACUCUUAUGUUGAUGCCUUAGAUGAUUUUGAUUCAUCAGAAUAUCAAGAUUUUGAUUCACCUAGAUAUAGAAGUAGAGGAUUUGAUUUGCAGAGAAAUGGAGAUUUAGGUACAUCAAGGAGCAGAGACUAUAGUUCAAGACCUCAAAGUUCUGAUUCACAAAGGCUACAAGAUGUCAGGUCAAGAAAGUUUGAGAGAAAGUCUUCCAGAGCUAAUGACAAUUAUGCAUACAGUUUUGACGAUGAGGACCAUGCAGAUUCAAUCCUGGCACAGAGAGGGGAGUUUGGAGGACAGUCAGGGGAGUUUGCUGAAGAGAACAGGAAUCCUGAACAAUUUGAACAGAGGAACUAUGAAGAUAUAGAUAUCAAUAAUUUGGACACAAACCUCAAGAGAAGAAAUCGCAGAACACAAAGAGGAUAUAAUGAGAAUGAUGGUGGGCUUGAUAGUGAAAGCAACGACACCAAUAUUAGAGUUGAGCAUUUACAGCAGAAUUGGGAUGGAAAAGAAACUGUGAUAAUCAGAAAGAAGAGAAAUAAGGACAAUUCUGACAGAUGGAGUGAGUCAGCUUCUGAACACAGUAAUGAUAAGUCUCGUGCCAUAUCCAGAAGUGUUAGGAAGUCAGCUAAUGCCAGUACUCUGCCAAGCAAUGGAAGACGGAUAAAAACUAAGUUAGAGGUUUUAAUCUACAGUGCCAAAGAUCAAUCAGAUGUUGCACAAGUUUACAGAGAUCAAAUGUUGGAAGAUUCAGAACAAAGUACUGAUCAUAUAUGGAGAUACCGUCAGGCAUGGCAGCAUUUUAAACAGAAAGCUAAAGAUGUGCUGUAUCAAUUUGAGCUGUGGUCUGGAGCAUUUAAAGAAAUUGAAGGACAAUUUGGGACUGCAGUAAUGACAUACUUCAGGUUCAUGAGAUGGCUGUUGUUUCUGAAUUUCUACUUGAUGGUCAUUAUGAUGGGUUUGACCAUGGUGCCAUAUCUAGUUCUACAGAAAAGCCCUUCAGAUUUCUGUAACACUGUGCCAGCAAACUGCACCAGCCAAAUGAAUAGUUCUGAAAAUUUCUCUGAGUCUGCAUCAACAUAUCACAACAACUACACUGAACCAACACGGACUGAUUUCUAUGAGGCUGCUGUCAAGUGUACCAAUGAAUACAAGGACUCCAACAGUCAAUUCCGUACAAAUGAAGAAAUUGUUAACCAGUUCCUGGAUGCACUACAAGGAACAGGCUGGAUGGAGGAGACAGUAUUGUUUUAUGGUAUCUACUUUAACAAGACUUAUCAUCUGGCCUUUCUGGAUGGACAGCUGACGUACAACAUGAGUCUGUCUUACUUACUGGCCACUGGAGCAGCAUUUCUUCUCAGCUUCCUCCUCAUUGUCAAAAACACAGCAAAAAAUGUGAAAACCUCUGCAAUGGACAUGGGGAGUGGUCAGGUGAUACAGUUCUGGAACAAGGUGUAUGGAGGGUGGGAUUACUGCAUUUCCAAUGAAAAAACAGCCAAAAUAAAACACAAGAACUUGUUUCAGGAACUUCGGGGAGAUUUGGACACCCAAAGACUCUUAUGGAGGAAGGAAAAUAAAAGCAAACAAGAGAGAGCUAAGCUGUACGCUGUUAGAAUUGGGGUGAAUGUGGUGGUUCUGGGCUUUCUUAGUGGUUCCCUGGUUGCCAUUUACUACAGCAACGAUGGUCUCAUAUCGCUGCAGCGUUAUUUUGAGGAUGUUUCUCCUAUAGUGCAGACCAUUAUCCAGUUCCUGCCAUCGGUCACAAUUACGAUUCUGAAUGUCAUUGUACCACUCAUAUUCAACAAACUGGUGGAAUUUGAAGAUUAUAUGCCAUCAUUUCAGAUGCAGGUUACUCUUCUCAGAACUGUGAUUCUGAGGCUAGCCUCCCUGUUUGUGUUGAUGUGGUCUCUGUAUAACAUGGUGGUGAAGCAAGCUGACGGCUUCGAACCUGGCUGUGGAAAUAAACGUUGGGCUGCCACGACAAAAGGAUCUAUUAAGUGUUGGGAGACUUAUGUGGGCCAGCAGAUGUACAAACUUGUCAUUUUGGACUUCCUUUUACCAUUCAUUUUAACAUUUAUCAUAGAGUAUCCCAGGAGAAUUGUAUACCAAAACUUUCAUGAGAAAUAUAAGGUGGUGGAGAUGAUGGGACAACAAACAUUCGACCUCCCCAAAGCUGUAUUGGACCUGGUGUACACACAGACCCUCUGUUGGAUAGGGCUAUUUUUCUGCCCCCUUAUUCCUAUGAUGUCAUUUGCGAAGUGCCUCAUCUUUUUUUAUGUAAAAAAGGGAACGGUCAUGAAUAAUUGUGCACAACCAGUACGGCCCUACAGAACAUCCACAUCUAAUUCCCUGUUCAUUGCCAUUCUUUUCAUCUCGUUUAUCGUUUCUACUGGGCCAAUGAUAUUUCUGAUAGGAACGAUUUCACCUUCACAAAGUUGUGGGCCUUUCAGAGUGUACAGCGGAGAUAACUUUGUGUUUUUCAACACAAUUGGGAACCUAGUUGACUCAUUCCCAUCUGAUGCACAAACUCUCUUCCACUUUCUGGGCACCGUGGCCUUUAGUAUCCCAGCUAUCAUUAUCAUGUGUUUGAUAAUGUAUUAUUUCUGUGUGCAAGCCACUGGAUACAAGAGGAAAGCCAAACUUUUGAGAGAAGAACUUAAAUUUGUGGCCAAGGACAAAAAAUAUCUUCUGGACAUUCUCAAUGAGGAAUUGUAAUUGGAACAAUGAGUGAAUGAUAUGAUUUUUAGAUAAAAUUUUAUUAUUUUUUGAGAGUGAGGUUUAUACAGUCUGUUAAGGGAACUUAAUAUGUUGUUGUUUUUUGCUUGUUAUAGCCUUGCAUUGAAAAUGUGGAAGCCUUUAUAGGAAUCACAUUGUCUUGUCAUUCUUCUGCCUAUCAUCACUUUCACUGUAACAUGAUAUCUUAAAAGGUUAAGGUCACAACAGAACUUGACGAAAUGCUUUCUUUGUGACACAAUGGUCUGCCCUAAUCUCAUGACCCCAAAAUCUAUAGGUAACUUCCUUUACUCAUUAUAGUUUUGUAUAAAAUGUGACAGCUUUUUAUUGAAAACUGGACAAGGUAUAAAUCAAGUUACAAAAAAUAAAUUGAAUAAUAAGCAGACAAGCACUCAGACAUCCCUAAUCUAUAGGGAUCUUAUUAUAAUAAACAACUACCUUUCUGAAGACAAGAUAUUGUGUCAGUAUGAAAGUAUAUCAGAUUUAGAUUGGAGGUCUUCUAUGACCUUGACAUGUGACCACAAAAUUGGUAGGUGUCUUUCUUUCAUCAACUACCUUUGUAUAGAAUAUGUAAAGUCCAUGUUGAAAACUUUUUAACUUUCCCUCUAAGUUUUGUACACUUAGAGCUUUCAUAUUUUAUACAAAGGUAGUUGAUUCUGCAGUUAAACGUGGAAAUGCAGAUUUUGGAGAGAAAAAUCUAAUCAUUCAAUUCCUUUCUGUCAUUAAAACAUUGAUGAUCAAUUCUCUAUCUGUGUCAUAUAGUAUUAGUUUUUAUUUAUGAUUAUAAAUUUAAUAGCUGACAAAAUUUGAAGUAAUAAUCUUAAUGCCAAUUUUGGUUUAUGAAUUAAUUUACAUCUGUAUGUUAAAUAUGCAAUAUACUUUAAUUACUAUAUUCAUACAUUGUAAAAUUUUGAACAGCAAGCACAUGUCAUAUUUAGUAAAAGAGCUUUGAAUAUUUUAAUAAAACUGGCUGACUAUGAUAAUUGUUCUGACAUUUAUUUAGGAUAUGAUAGUAAUUUCUACUCAUUUUAUUUGAUAUGAAGUAUUUUAAGUUGGGGCAGUUUACACAUUAUGAAUUAAUGGCAAAGCGGUUUAUAAAAAAGCAUAAACUGUACCUACUUACUUUAUAAUGUAUGAAAUGAGAAGAAAUUAUCAUCAUUCCGUAUGAUUUAAUUGAGUAAAAUGCAUUUGAUGAAUGAUUGUAAAGAAAAUAUGGAUUUUAUGAUAUGUGGAGCAAUAUUUCCAUAGCAACAAAAUGGAAAUGGAGGAUCCAAACUUAUUAUGACAUAAUUCCUUGGAUGUUAUAUGGUCGUGUGACUUAACGACAACUCUUACGUUUAUUCAAUAUACAGAAACUGAGAAUGUUGAUAAAAUGAAAUGAACCUAUCAAAUUCACAAGUGAAAUUUAAUUAUUUAUAAUUGGAAUGAAUGCAUGGUCUUUUAACAAUAAAACUUUUGACAUAUA